GCUCCAUCACUGUUAGCAACAGAACAACCUUCCUGAGAACUGCACGUCCCUCCUUACGCUUCUUGUCAACAAACUUUAACGCAGAAUCUUUUUCAAUUUUUGACGAAAAAUGGAGCACGGAGUGAAUGAUGACGAGUCUGCCGUGCUGGAGGAAGGAAUGAAUAAUAUGGAUAUACUUUCUACUUCUAGCGACGAAAGUGACGUAUUGAAAGGAUUAUUGGGUCUGCACCCAAAAGAUUGGAAGAAGAUUAAGCAAGCAUGGAAAAAGGGACCAUAUAGGGAUGUUAGUCACUACCCAAGUGGAACCUCAGAGGAAGAUGAACCGAUGGACUUCACUAGAUCAAAAGUAAUGGACUUGUCAGGUGCAAAGCAAUCAAUAGAGGCAGACAACAAGAAUGACUGGUAUAUAAUUGAUACAGAAGAACCAUACACAGAACAGGAGCCAGUGAUAAGUACUGUAGGGGAACAAGAUAUAUACCAAGAGAAUUUAGUACAGCCGAGAAUUUCAGCACCCAUUACAUCUAUUCCCAAAUCGACAGGAGGUAGUCAAGCACUUCCAGUGACCAAUAUAGCUGUAGAUAAUUUAGACACUGAUGAUAGUCAGUCUGAUAACACAGAUGAACUGCACAAGAACAGAGGGCGAAAAAGGAAGAAAAAAAGGGGAGAUGCACCAUGCAAAAAACGCAGAGUGACAGGCCAGGGUUUCAAGGAAGACAAGAAACCUCCAGAAAACGAAAAUCAGAUUUCAGGGAACCAAGGAGAGUCCGGAAGUGUUCCCAACAAUCCACCAACUACUAAGAACAGGUCUGAUAUGAGAGAGCUUGAGGAAUUUAUGAAUCAAGCUGUGGAAUUAGCAUGCGAUCUGAAAAAACUCCGUAAACUCAUGAAUGAGUGGCUGUCAAGGAAAGGGAUGUCAGAACUCAUACUUGAUGGUGAAGACUUGAUAGAUGGUGUCAUUUUAAAGGAAGGCGAAGCGGAGAUGAAGCGUCGCUUCAUAGAGCGUUAUCGAGAGAUGGAGACCAGAAAGAAAAUCAGUGAGGACCUUGAACGCAACGGCUUAGUUUAGCCGUAGGGGGGCUAGUGCCGUCAUUGCACCUCCUAGGGUGCACUGUAGGCAUUACUCGCAGCUUCUCUUCAGUUCCUAGCUGCAACCCCUUUGAUUCCUUUUGCUAUACCACUGUUCAUAUUAUCUUUCUUCUAUCUUGCUAUCCACCAUCUCCUAACAAUUAUUCAGGCUUUCCUCCUGUUACACCUUUCAGUCCUGCCUACUCUCUCGCCUUCCUUUCCAGGGCGACUUUCUUGGUCCCUGUGCUUGGCAUUUGUUUUGUUGUUGUUUUAGAUUAAGCUGUCACUAUGCCAGCACGGGCUUUUGCUCAUAGAGCAGCCCUUGGGUCAUUUUGAAUAUUUCACUGUUGCAGAUGGUUACAUAAAACCUUAGAUUAAUAUUUCCUUUUCAUGCAUUUCUUGAAAACAAUAUGCUAAGAGUAGUCUACAGCCCAAUAUGAGUGGUGUAAUAUCCUGGGAGAGGGGGGGCGCGGUUUUGAUAAUGCCGUCUGUUCAGCUCAUGCAGUGCACAGUAGGCAUUACUUGAGGUUCCUUGCUGCGUGCCUUCGGUCUCUAGCUGCGACUCCUUUCGUUUCUUUUAUUGUACUUCCUUUCACACUCCCUUUCUUCCAUCUUACUUUCCACCCUCACCUAGCAAUUGAUUUGUAGUGCAACUGCUUUGAGGUUUCCUCCUGUUACACCUUUCAGACCUUUUACUGUCAAUUUCCGUUUCAGAACUGAAUGGCCUCAUAGGUCCCAGUCUUGACCUUUGGGCAAAAUUUUAUAUUCUGUUUAUAAAAAAUAAACUCAUGAUUAAAACCAUGUAGCUUGUAGGUAUAAGGCGUUUAAAAAAACAUUUAUAAAAAAAUAUACUCAUGGUUAAAACCAUGUAGCUUGUAGGUAUAAGGAGUUGGGCUAAGGUGGUUCUCUUUAUAUACUAUAUACCUGUAGUUAUCCUGUAGACUGAAUUGCGUCAGAAUUCGCCUUCUUGACAGACUUGCAAGAAGCUAAUCCUGGUGUAACUCGACCCCAACUUGUAUUACCUAUUAAUGUCACGUGUGUUGCAUUAAAAUAUGGUUUUCA